AUGGACCACAGACCGAGCCUGGACAGUCUGGGGUAUGACAUGUCCCACUUCAUGCCUCAGCACCCUCCCCAGAUCUUCGGCGCCUACAACCCAGACGGCACACCGAUUCCUCCGACGUUGCCACCCGGUCCCUACUUCGGAGACUUGAACGAUGGUAUGGUGGAUGAGAAUGAUCCCAAGCGUAGACGUAUCGCUAGGGCUUGCGAUAUGUGCCGGAAGAAGAAAAUCAAGUGUGACGGGAAGAUGCCCAAGUGCGGACAUUGUAUCAACUACAAAACAGAGUGUGUCUUUACACAGGUGGAAAAGAAGCGGAAUCCUCCCAAAGGAGCCAAAUACAUCGAGGGCUUAGAAAACCGACUAGGCCGUAUGGAAUCGUUACUGCGCAUGUCCGGUCUUCUAACUGAAGAUGAUGCGGGCAAGACAGACCUGGGUACGUUAGAGAAACGCCUAGCGGAGAAAGCUUCUGCCAAAGAGUCCGGGCCCAAAGCAACAGAAUCCCCUGGAGCUCCCAAGAGUGGCGCGAGUUCUUCAGUCCCCGAGAGUUCCCCCCGGCCGGGGUCUACACAUCACUCACAUGACACACCACGAGAUACUAUUACGACACCCAGUACCGUCGACGGUGACAAGUCUCGUGAAGAAGUGGAAAACCUCUCCGAAGCCAUGUGUUCGCUAGUCACCAACAAUGUGGGUGAGACCAGAUACAUUGGUUCUUCCUCGGCGUUUUCCAUCUUCUCCAGUAAAGGUAUCGAAUGGGUCAACGAAAAGACAGGAGACACGUCUUUCCAAGAGACCAUACAGAAUGCUGUCAACGAAGAUGACAACAAGUGGCAGUAUUGGAAACCCGAAGUCUUUGGUGACAUCUUUGUACGCCGUGUCUUCAAGCCCCUGCCACCCAAGGAGGAAGCCCUAUCACUAUUCAAGGACUUCUUCGAGAACUUUAAUUGCAUGUUUCCUCUCUUCCAUGAACCUACCUUUAUGCAUCUAGUGGAAAAGCAAUAUUCUAAAGAACCGUACGAGGGCAGUGGCUGGUGGGCCAGUAUCAAUGUUGCCCUCGCCAUCGCCUAUCGCAUUCGAGUCAUGAGCAAUGUCGUUCCUCAAGAGGAUGACCAGAAAGCCUGGCUAUAUCUGAAGAAUGCCAUGGGAGUCAUCACAGAGCUGACGAUGCGAAAUACCGACUUGCUCAGUGUCCAGGCCCUCCUCGGCAUGGCACUGUUCUUGCAAGGAACACCGAACCCCCAGCCAUCCUUCUUCCUUAUCUCUGCCGCCAUUAGAUGCUCUCACACAAUUGGACUGCACAAACGUGGCUCUAAUUUCAACUUGAAUCCUAUCGAGGCAGAGCAGCGGAAACGAGUCUUCUGGAUCGCAUAUCUUCUCGAUAAAGACUCAUGCUUGCGUGCAGGUCGACCUCCCGCGCAAGAUGACGAUGACAUGAACGUCGAAUUGCCAUCCGAAGAUCCUCCGGACAACAUAGGAAAUGUCCCACUGGCCGAUGGAAAGGGCAAGAUCAACCUCUUCCGUCUUAUGUGUGAGUUCGCUAUCAUAUCCAGCAAGGUCUACCGGCAACUAUACUCAGUACAAGCUUCGAAACAAAGCGACGGUGAACUACUCAACACGAUCGGAGAGCUCGACAGGGAAUUGGAAGCGUGGAAAGACAGCAUUCCACUAGACUUCCGACCCGAGCAUGAAAUUAAAACAGCACAUACUCCCCUCAUCCUACAUAUCGUCGUCCUUCACUUCUCUUAUUACAACUGCUUAACAACAAUACACCGAAUGUCAGUCCAUCAUGGGUAUUGGACAAGUCGGUUGUCGGAGUACGCCAUCCAAGGCCUGAACGCCAGACCACUGAACCCCAGAGUAUUCUCGUCCGCCGCUCUCUGUGUUUCAGCAGCUCGUGCCUCGAUCCACCUCAUCAAGUAUAUCCCACAGGGUGACUUUGCAUGUGUCUGGUUGGUUCUGUACUUUCCAGUGUCAGCACUCGUGACAUUGUUCGCCAACAUUUUACAAAAUCCGCAAGAUACCCGUGCCAGAGCUGACAUCAAGCUCAUGGACCUUGUGGUGAACUUUCUAUCGAACGUGGCCCAUGAUGAGGGCACAGGGUCUUUGAAUCGCAUGCUCACCGUCUGCUCGGAGUUUGCUCGCAUUGCACGAGUUGUGAUUGAGAAAGCCGAGAAGGAAGGCUCGAAACGGAAACGAAGACUCGUGCCCGAGGAAGUACUGCGGGUCAAUCAAUCGGCCAUGGCUCAAGUUCAGGCUCAGAUCAAUGGACGGAAACCUAGCUCAAGAAGAUCUAGUGGGGCAGGUGGUUCUCCUCGGAAUGCUAUCAAUGUGCCUGCAACACAAUCUACACCCAUGGCCAACACCAACGCCACUCCUCAAACCUUUUUCAACGUACCCGGUUUCGAUGGGAACGAGUAUCCUGACAUGAUGAGUCAGCAUGGUAUGAGUCCAGACAUGGGACAAAUGCCCAGCGCCACCAUGUCGCCUCUUAAUGUCGGUUCUUUUCAACAACCUUUUGUACCCCAAGAUUUAUGGCAAAUGCCCAUGACUUUUGAAUGGGACUGGGCGGAUUUUGGGCAAUCCGGCGGCUACAAUGAUUUUAUAUUCAACGAUAACAUGAAUGACGGGACCAUGCAUCAACAGUGA